UGAAAAGAAACCGCCCAUCACACACCCCAGCACACCAGCUCAGGAAACUUAUAACCUCGGGAGGCCAGCCCUCUGCUCACUGUGAUCACAAACCUCCAGGACAGCGGACGCCUGCCACCAGCUGCUGCCAGUCAGGGCGCCUCGGUUGGUCACCGGACCCUCAGAGCUCUCUUCACCCUCAAGCCAUUGAAAAGCCAAGAUGUUGGUGUUACUGGCGAGUAUCUUUGUGGUCCACAUUGCCACCGUCAUCAUGUUAUUUGUUUCUACCAUUGCCAACGUCUGGGUGGUGUCAGAUUCCGGAGAGGAAUCAGUAGGUCUCUGGAAAAACUGUACCAUUGGUGGCUGUGCUGACCUUUCCUACGCGGGUGAAGAUGCCCUCAAGGCCGUGCAGGCCUUCACGAUCCUGUCUAUCAUAUUCUCCGUCAUCUCCCUUGUGGUCUUCGUGUUCCAGCUCUUCACCAUGGAGAAAGGCAACCGCUUCUUCCUCUCCGGGGCCACCAUGCUGGUGUGCUGGCUGUGCGUCAUGGUGGGGGCCUCCAUCUACACUCAUCACUAUGCCAACAGCUCUAAAAACCAGUAUGUGGAGAGUCACCACGGCUAUUCCUUCAUCCUGACCUGGAUCUGCUUCUGCUUCAGCUUCAUCAUCGGCAUCCUUUAUCUGGUCCUGAGAAAGAAAUAAGGCUGAACACAUUUACUGGGGACCUGGGGGGUGGGGAGGAGGGAGCCCUUGAAUCUGGGAGGGGAGUGGAAGUUGCUAAGCAGGAAAAACCAGGAGAGGGAAGGGGGGGGAGGGGAUGGAAGGGGGGAGGGGCUGAAACCCAAAUAUGAUGGAGGGGGUCCUGUACUGUCCAGCCCCUGCCCUGGGAGAAAGCCGUUGCCUGGGACGGGUGCUCCCUGGAUGUGGGCCAGGGGGCCUCCCUCCGGCCACCGGGCUUGGCCUCCAGCUGUUCUCCGUUACACACACUGCCUGGGGCCCCAGCAGCUGCCACAUCACUGGCUCCACUUCCGAGGGUGAAUUCAGUCUUCAGACCCACUGCACCCAGUUAACGCAGCGGUACAAGUUCCGGCCAGGGCAGAUAUUGGAAUAAGCCCAGCCUGGAAGCCAUCCCGCCUCUCUGACCCAAAGCAAAACAUCACCAUGUGAAGGGCUCGAGGGAGGACUUUGGCCACUGUGCCACGAUCCCUCUUUGUUAAGCAGAGAGUUAACUCUGUGGUAUUUGUGACAAAAUGGGAAGAAGAGACAUAGUGAUUAAGGCCAAGUUGGUGGCUUAGCUAAACUGAGAAAGAAAUUUUCACAGUGGAAAGCCUGGGGUGUGGUCAGAACCCAGACCAGGCCUCACAGAGCUGUCCGUUGUGGAGACCUCUUGCCACGGACUUUGCUUGGUCUCUCGCUUAAAGCCACGGCAGCACUCUGGAAUUUCUGUAAAGCCACUAACAACUAAUUCAGCGGUGGGAGCACCACGCAAAUUAUGGGAAAAGGGGGCAGUCCUACAGCAGGAUUAUACUAGGGUUAUGUUAUUAGGAACCUCUCUCUGAGCAAUCAAUAUUUAAGUAUAAGAUGUGAGAGAGAUGGAUAUAGAUCCUUGCAACUCAAUCUGUUACUCUCCCCCUAAAUUAUACCCUUUUGAGGAAGUUUUAUCUAUUUAGCCAAGUUGGGGAUCAGGGCUCCUGGGCUCACAGAUGGCUCUAGCUUUGAAAUGAGCUGAAGGGGUCGCCUUUCAGAAGUCCUGCCUGUCCCACAAUACAGAUGAGGCAAGGCAUUUUGGAAGCUUCUUAAAACACAUGCAAACCAAACCACACAUCCUUGGGUGAAAGGUGCUAUACAGUUGUCAAGUAUUAAGCAUACUAGAUUUCAGUCACAGUAAGAACAGAGUGUCUGUACUUCCAGGAAAAUAAGAAAAUUUCUGUGAGAGAAAUAAAAAUAUAGGUGAUGGGCAGAUAUUUUAAGGGAAAAGCAAAAACCCCUAAAACUCUUGUGGUGCCCAGUCCGAUGGUCAUUGAGCUUCUCUGUUGCCACAAGAGUGUUUCUUUGUAGGACUUAGAAGUAUGGUAUUAGUAUGGUAAUCCUGGUUAAGCAGUCAUUGCUCUGGCCUGGCGCAGCUAUUUUUAAGCCAUCUCAGAUUCUGGCUAAAGGGUUUAUUUGUUUUGGUGGAAGACACUUCCUUUAUCAAUUUGAGAAGACCUACCCUAGGGAGAAUCUGAGACAUCUUGCCUACUUUUCUUCUUCUAGCUCCCCCUUCAUUCCAUUUCUUAUAUAGUUUUCCUUUUGGGGAGCUGUUAUGCCACAAUUGCUGGUAUUUAUAUAAAAGGAUUAUUACUAAGUUUAUUUCUUUAUGUUCAUUCUGGUUAGGGGAAUGUGGAGGGUGGGCCACCAAAUUAUCUGGACUAGGGGUAAAUGGGUUGGAAAGCAAAAAACUGUGGGAUGAUGAACUUUUUCAUUAUGAUUUAGUGAUCACAUGACUAUAGAAGGCUGUCUCCAGUUCAGAGGCAGUCUUGCAUACCAGAUAUAUCCAAAAGAGACACCAGCAUUGUGUUAAAAAGUUAAACCAUGACUGGAGUGAACCAUGUAUUCCCUGGCCUUUUACUUUGUUUCUGUGCCGUUUAUGUCUCAUGUAAUUUGCAUUACAUUGGUGGGUUGUUCUAGUACUGUAUUUGGCUUCUUCUUUAAUAGAUUGAUAUUUCAUAUACUAUAAUUGUAAAUAUUUUGAUACAAAUGUUUAUAACUCUAGGCAUAUAAAAACAGAUUCUGAUUCCCUA